UUGAUGUGGUCGUGUUGAAUGGGAUGCUGCCAUGUUUGGUUCUUAUUUACACUAUUUAACGUGGUUUGGAUUAACUUUUAAUUUUUACUGCAAAUGGUUAAAAAAAAAGCUAGAUGUGUAUAGAAUGUGACAUAGUUUUGUAUAUCCAAGCAAAGUUUGAUGAGUGUUAGUUGUGUAAUAUGUUUUGCUAGCCAAAGAAUGUCCUUUAUAAGCUGUUUUCUUCAAUGAAAUAAUAGACCUACUAGCGCCAUCUGUGUGUCAAGUUAGGAACGAAAGCACUGGCCAUCGGUGUUUUAUGCGCUACAACCAUGUCCGCAUGAGCUCCACCUGGAAUAACUCCACGUCAAUGACCUUUCGUGCAUAAUUUCUAACCCGUGUGCCAUGUACGCAGCAAGAACGUAUAGCCAUUUGAACGUGACAAGCCGAUGGUUUAGGACGCGUGUAUAGUGUGCCGAAGAAACCAAAUCAUGUCCGAGCUGAGCAAGUGCUUCUAUCAAGUGACGGCGGGCCGCUCCUGUCGUGAUCUGUGCCAUCCGGAGUAUGCCACCUGUUGGCAAUCGUUCGUAGGCAUUACGAAAACAUUGCUACCCGGCAGCUACAAACUGUAUCUAUCACUGCUGGUGAUCCCGCCGCUGGUGAAGGGUGGUGGCUAUACGGCGGAAUACUGGAGAAACCACAUCCUGGGCUAUGUGUCGAUUUCGUUCAAAACCUACAUCGAAGCAAUCACCGGCCUGACGCUACAAUGUCUAUUCUAUACACUAUUCGGCAAGCUGCACUACUACUGGCUGAUGGGUGUACCAGGUGUCGUUAGUGCGGCACUAGUUCCAAAACUACCGAAAGUACACUUACGUCUCCAGGGCAUUACCUACUUCAACAUGAUGCUGGAGGUGAUGAUCAAGAAGAGCAAGCUACGGUAUGUGCAGAAAUUGCGCCAGUCGAAACUUUGGGCAACCGUUUGCUUCAUGCUGUUCAGUGCCAAAAUUAUGGACGUGCUGCGGACAGGGACAGUCAACCAGUUCUGGAUCAUGUACCCGGCAACGUCGAAGCAUGACAAAAUGGAAAACACUCCUCAGAAGCGGAAAUCUACACCUUGCCUGCAUGAUGCCUCCUGCCAAUCGUAUGUUUUUGAUGGCAUCUGGAAGUACGCGUUGACUGGUUUUACUAUUGAAGCCGCCCGUGCGCUAGUGUCCAAGGGAUCACUAAUGUACGGGGAACCUUCGCGAUUUCUUCUGGAACUGCGAAAAGCCAUCGGUUUAGAAUUACCCCUCUUUCUAGCGUCGUACGUUGGUAGCUUCCGGUGUAUUAGCUGCUGGUUAGCGCAUCAUACUGGGAGCGAACGUUCUGGACAUGCCAGACUAGCCGGACUGCUCAGCGGUGUCAGCUACUUGAUCUAUCCGAAGUAUCAGAUAUUCACACUUGGUUUUACAAAACUUCUGGAGAUGUCCUGGGAGCAUCAUCUCAAUACAUCCAAAGAGAAAUCCGGCUGGUUGAAGUUACUGCAGCGCAUACCCUUCCUGCGCAUUGUCCACAUGUUAUCGAUCGGUUAUAUGUACCAUGCGCUUGUCUUUCAUUCGCAUCUCUCGCCACCGUUCAACGCGAAAUGCGUCAACUACUGUUCCGGCUUCCGUGUGGAGCGCAUCAAGCGACGACUCGUCUCGUGGAUGCUCGAACAUUCGUGGAGUGCCGUGCGCCAAUGAACCAACAGCCAAAACAGCGCAGCACGAUUAUUGUUUUUGGCAACUUCAUAACGCUUUCGUUCAUAUUCUUCGUGGUAUUGUGACACACGGUGUCAAUAAACAGGAUGGCGCCUUAGUA